AUGCAUUUCUUCUGCUACCUGUUUGCAUCAAGUUGCGACGACAUCCCAUCUCAUCAACCACGCAGCACCGAGAAUCUGGACGCCAUGGCUAUUCUCCCAUCUAUUCCUGGUCUCACCGUGACAGUGGAGGUGGCAGACAGACCCACGAAAGAAUAUGACGACCCCGACGCGGAUUCCAUGCAGAUUGAGAUGCAACGUGAAGAGUUUGAUCACCACGCCACCCCCGACCUUCCGCACGUCAUCAAGUACAUUGAAGCCAAACCUGGGGCCUUUUAUCAUUACCGAGUCAGCAUUCAGCCUCGACGAUUUCACUACGUAUCCGAUCAUGUUGGCUUCACUGUCGUCAAUGACGGCCGCGAGACAGGCAUGAUCCAUUUAACAUUUAAUGAUCGUGUCGAGAAACUCGGUCUCAGCCUCGUAGAGCGGACAGUGGGUUCGACGGUGUCACAAACUCGUGGGGGUAGCUACAUCAAUCGAUUUUUUUGUUUUUCAGCUCUCAAUGUUGUCGAGUCGGACCAGUUCACGGCCGAUCAAGUCAAAAAGCAGACCGCUCGAGCGAAAGAGACCGGGGUUCUUAAAGUCCAUUUGUAUCACAUGGACGUAUCUGAAGGCUAUAAGCCGCAAAUAAUCAGUGGUUCCGGCACCGAGAAUGAAACGACAGUGACCAUGGCCGAAAAAGCCCUCAAGGGCAGGGCUGUUGACUGCGUCACGAGCUCCGUCGUUCGCCCUCGGGCUGAUCAUCCUGGGUUGUAUCCAACAGACAACUAUCAUGAUCCGAAAAAACGCCCCUUUGCGGUUUUUGAGUUCCGUUAUCGUUCGAAAGAGGGUCUCAUCAAAGAAGGCAUUAUUCCGCGGCCAACGGUCUCCGGCGAUGUCGAGGAGAUGAGUGAAACAGAGGUUCGACGGAAGUUGGCAGAGCUUCUGGAGAAGCAAAAGUUUGGACCGGACACGAAGCCUGCGAGGCUCAAGCGCGAAGCUGACAGGAUGGAAGUGGACGAUUGGGCCCCAGAUCCUGCCUUCGAGACUCGGUACAAAACUCGGAGAUUAUCCCAUGGCCAGAUGGAGAUUGAUCUCACCGAGGACUGA